GCGCAGGCACCUAAAGUGCGUCAGGCCGGCGCUUUAUAGCGGCAGCCUGGGCGGCUCCGGUUGCUGUUUUUCUUCUUUUCUUCGUAGUGGCUCCUCUUGCGGUUCGCGAAGAUGCAGCUCAAACCGAUGGAGAUUAACCCCGAGAUGCUGAACAAAGUGCUGGCCCGGCUGGGGGUCGCCGGCCAGUGGCGCUUCGCGGACGUGCUGGGGCUGGAGGAGGAGGCUCUGGGCUCGGUGCCAGCGCCUGCCUGCGCGCUGCUGCUGCUGUUUCCCCUCACGGCCCAGCAUGAGAACUUCAGGAAAAAACAGAUUGAAGAGCUGAAGGGACAAGAAGUCAGUCCUAAGGUGUACUUCAUGAAGCAGACCAUUGGCAACUCCUGUGGCACCAUCGGGCUUAUCCACGCAGUGGCCAAUAACCAGGACAAACUGGAGUUUGAGGAUGGGUCAGUCCUGAAACAGUUUCUUUCUGAAACGGAGAAGCUGUCCCCUGAAGACCGAGCCAAAUGCUUUGAAAAGAACGAGGCCAUUCAGGCAGCCCAUGAUGCCGUGGCACAGGAGGGCCAGUGUCGGGUAGAUGACAAAGUGAAUUUUCAUUUUAUUCUGUUUAACAACGUGGAUGGCCAUCUCUAUGAACUUGAUGGAAGAAUGCCUUUCCCAGUAAACCAUGGUGCCAGCUCAGAGGACUCCUUGCUGCAGGAUGCCGCCAAGGUCUGCAGAGAAUUCACCGAGCGUGAGCAAGGGGAGGUCCGCUUUUCUGCUGUGGCACUCUGCAAGGCAGCCUAAUGCCCUGGGGGAGGGACGUAGCUUCCCCCCCGCCUUCCCUUCUACGUGAGACCUACCCCCACCAAUGCGGUCCAGAAUGCUCCAGUGCUUGUGGAACACAGCUGUUCUCCUUUGGUUCUGCAGAUACACUCUUCCCCUGAGCCACACCCAAGCACUAGCCGAGCUCAGCUGUCGAUCGAGCAAAGUUUGGUAUAAGCUUUAGAUGGCGAAGCAUUUCCCCUUGAUGUAUGUAUCGUACCUCAAUACCUAAUGCUUUAAAUAGCUACUUUGGUUUGCGUCUGUAAGUUAAGGCCUUGGAUGUGGUUUAAUUGUUUGUCCUUAAAAGAAAUAAAACUUUUCUGCUGAUUAAGA